AUGGGAUUGGUUCGAGACAACGAAUACUUCUUGGAGACGGACUCGGCUCUACUGUGCAUAAUGUUUGAGCGCCGAACUUCAAAAAUGGUUGGUUCGGGGAUGAGCAAGAGCGGUCAGAAACAAGCGAGUGUAAUACGCGCAUCUUCCACGUUUCGGUCCUUUAAACCGUCAGGGACCAUGGGUGGUGGCGGGCAAGUUCGAUUUCAAUCUACUAAAGGAAGGCUGGAAGAAGAAAUAACAGAAUUGGAGGAGCCCAUGAAGUUUCUGUUAGUCCAGCCAAAAGAUGGUUUCGUGAAUCUGUUGGAGACAAUAGUUUCUGUCAUAAAGAAGAUA